AUGGACACGCAGGCCUCUAGGGGUGCUCAACUUGAGGUUGCUCAGGCUGAGGCUCCUGAGUUCGAGAAGGUGACCUGGUAUUCGGAUCCCGGGUUGAGAGUUUUGUAUUUCUGGUGUGCGGUUCUUUGUGUCGCUUCCGCAACUACUGGUUAUGAUGGCAUGUUGCUAAACACAUCUCAAAACUUAAAGACAUGGGAGAACUAUUUCGACCACCCUAAGGGAGGCAAGCAGGGUCUCUUGAACGCUAUCUACCAGAUUGGCUCUCUGAUCAGUUAUCCUAUUGUGCCCUACAUGGCAGAUUGGUGGGGACGUAAAGUUCCUAUCGCCGUUGGUGGUGUUCUCAUGAUCCUCGGUGGUUUCUUGGGUGCUUUCUCAAACGGCUACGGAAUGUACCUUGGAGGAAGAUUCGUCCUUGGAUUCGGCAACUCUCUUGCUCAGAUGUCAUCCCCAGUCUUGCUCACCGAGCUCUGCCACCCUCAACAUCGAGGUCGAUUCACCGCCAUCUACAACUGCUUGUGGAACUUGGGUGCUCUCUUUGUCGCUUGGCUCGCCUGGGGCACAAUGCAAAUCCAAAACGACUGGGCCUGGCGCUCACUCACCCUCCUGCAAGCCCUGCCCGCCAUCAUCCAAGUAACAUUCAUCUACUGGGUGCCUGAAUCUCCCCGCUGGUUGAUCUCCAAAGAGCGCUACGAGGAAGCCGAGACCAUCCUCGCAAAGUACCACGCCAACGGCGACCGCCACAACGCGACCGUGGCCUUCGAAUUCAGAGAGAUCAAGGAGACGCUCCGUCUCGAGUUCGAGUUCAAGCAAGCUAGCACUUACAUGGAUUUCCUCCGCACAAAGGGAAACAGAUAUCGUCUCGCGAUCCUCAUUUCCUUGGGCGUUAUCUCGCAAUAUAGUGGCAAUGCUCUGUUUUCGAAUUAUAUGAAUCUGAUCUAUACCAGUGCCGGUAUCGUUAACCAGGAUCAGCAGAUUCCCCUGAACGGAGGUCAAACCCUUCUCUCCCUCAUCGUCUCCGUCUCCUGCGCCUUCCUCGUCGACCGCGUCGGUCGCCGGCCCCUCUUCCUCGCCUCCACCGCCGGCAUGGUCCUCAUGUUCAUGGCCUGGACGAUCGUCUCGUCGCAAUACGUCGGCCCCCUGCUCGCCGACGGCAAGACGCCCAACCCGAAAGCCACGAACGUCAAGACGACCGGGUACCCGCAGAUCGUGUUCGUGUGGCUGUUCAGCGUCUUCUACGCCCUGGCUUGGUCUGGCCUGCUGGUUGCGUACGCGUUGGAGAUCUUGCCGUAUAAGUUAAGAGCGAAGGGGUUGAUGAUUAUGAAUCUUACCGUCCAAUCUGCGUUGGUUCUUGGAAACUACACAAACGCCAUCGCCUGGGCGAACCUCGCGCCCCACGACUGGACGUUCUGCCUCUUCUACACGCUGUGGGAUUUCCUCGAGCUCCUCUUCGUGUACUUCUUCUACGUCGAGACCCGCGGCCCCACGCUCGAGGAGCUGGCUAAGAUUUUCGAUGGGGAGGGUGCUGAGGUCGCGCAUUUGGAUAUGAGGGAGGUGGAGAAGGAUAUCCAUAUGGAGAGCGAGCCGAUGAAUGAGAAGAAUGCUGUGGCGCAUAAUGAGAGUACUGUUUGA